ACGUUUUACCUUGUUUUAGGUCUUGGGAUUGUACAAAAAUGGUUAAAGAACAUUUAGGAAUGAUUAUUGGAAAUAUUUUGUACAAAGACUUUUAUCCCUUGGAGAUCGACACGGUGUUCAAUAAAAUUAAGGAAACUUUUUCUAUCUUGUUGGAUAACGCCACUUGGAUUUCGAAUGAUUACAUUGAAAAGGCAAAAUCGAAGGUGAAUAAUACCGUACUCGCAAUUACAGGAGGCAAACCUGUCCCGGAAAAACUAGAUAAAUAUUAUGAAAAUCUUAAAACAACACCUAAUAAUUUUCUAGACAACUUCAUAAACAUCAUAAAAUUGAAUACUAUGAUGGAUUUUAAAAAUAUUAACCGGAAGAAUUUACGACAAGAAUAUGAGAACUACAAAUUAAAUGAACCAGCGUUUGUGCUUAAUCAAAAUAUCCUAUGUAUUGAUUAUUAUUACUGA